UUUUAUUAAAUUGUUCCAGACAUUGGCGUCAUGUGGCUGCGUCUCAUCUUCGUGAUAUUCUUCAGCGUCUGUCGCUGCCGUUCGGCCUCAGUCUUCCUGGAUCCAGAUCAGGCUCACGGAGUCCUGGUCCGGACCCGACGUGGGAACUCAGGUUGGUUGGAGGAGCUGCAGAGAGGAGACCUGAAGCGGGAGUGUCUGGAGGAGAGGUGUUCAUACGAAGAAGCCCGGGAGGUGUUUGAACACACAGAGACCACGGAUGAAUUUUGGAAAACAUACAACGUUCCAGACAGCUGUAACUCUUCCCCUUGUUUGAACGGUGGCAGUUGUUCCAGCCAGGACUCCAGCUACACCUGCUUCUGUUUACCCCAGUUCAGUGGAAUGAACUGCGAGCUUGGUGAAUUUACUGACGAAAGAGAGAAUGUCUACCUGGAGGUUUUGACAGAAACCCUGGCUGUUUUUAAUUCCUGCCUGCUGGAGAACGGGGGCUGCGAACAUUUCUGCGAUGAAGACGAGGAAGGACAAAGACUGAACUGUUCGUGUGCCGAUGGUUACCGUCUGGACUCUGAUGGGCGGAGCUGCAUGACAGAAGAGCCGUUGGCGUGUGGAAUGGUACCAGUGCUUCAGAACCAGAACAAACAAAAUCAGCUGGACCCUCGAGCUCGAAUUGUGGGAGGAACAGAGUGUCCUAAAGGAGAAUGUCCCUGGCAGGUCUUGUUGGUGUAUAAAGGGAAGGGCUUCUGCGGUGGAAUCAUAUAUAAACCCACAUGGAUACUCACUGCGUCUCACUGUGUUGAAGACACAGAUGUUCGGUUCCUGAAGGUGAUAGCAGGUGAACACAACACGGAGAUAAACGAGGGCACAGAGCAGGCCGUACAGGUCGCUGAGAUCCUCAUGCACGAGAGUUAUGUGAGCAGAACAGCAGACAACGACAUCGCCCUCCUCCGCCUCCACUCGCCCAUCGUCUACACGUCGUACGCUGUUCCCGCCUGCCUGCCCACACGCCUACACGCCGAGCGUGAGUUGUGGGCCGUGAGCCUUCACACCGUCAGUGGUUGGGGGAGGAGGGGUGAGCUGGGGCCCGUCUCCACUGUGCUGCGCCGCCUGCUGGUGCCACGCAUCCGCACAAAGCAGUGUGUGGAGGAGAGUGGCGUGACGCUGACGGAGAACAUGUUCUGUGCCGGCUACCUCGAGGGCAAUCAGGACUCGUGCAAGGGCGACAGCGGCGGUCCCCUGGUGACACGUUACAAGAAGACCGUCUUCCUGCUCGGGGUCGUCAGCUGGGGGCGGGGCUGUGCCCGUCCGGGCAACUACGGCAUCUACACCCGUGUCUCCAACUACUUGGAGUGGAUUCACAACCGGACUGCUUCAGCAGAUUUAUCCACGAAUCACACAGACACAGCGACGACCAACCGGACCACAGAGGAGCCACCGACUAAAGAGAACGGAACAUUCUCCUGUCUGUUAAGAGCCCACUGCUGUUGGCUUUUCUUCUUCACUGUUACCAUCAUGCUGCUGCUGAGGAGAGUUCUGUCGACCAACGCCAUACCACCACCACCACCGCCGCUGCUGCUGCUGCUGCUGCUGCUGCUGCUGCAACUAAACAUCACUGCUGCUGCUGCUAACCCAGUUUUUGUGGAGCAGCAUGACGCUAACAACAUCCUACAAAGAUGGCGGCGAGCGAACAGCGGCUUCCUGGAAGAGCUGAAACAGGGAAACCUUGAGCGUGAAUGCAUCGAAGAAAUCUGCAGCUACGAGGAGGCACGAGAGGUCUUCGAGGAUGAAGACAGGACGAUACAGUUCUGGUUGAGCUACCGUGGUACUGAGCCGUGUCUGGAGAACACGUGUCAGAACAACGGCACAUGUGUUGCCAUCGGGAAGCAUUACGAGUGCAUGUGUCCAGUAGGCUUUGAAGGACGUCACUGUCAGACAGUUUUUGAAGACUCCCUGAAGUGUCUGUACCAGAAUGGACUGUGUCAACAUUUCUGUGAUGGCUCUGGAGAGAAACGCAAAUGUUCCUGUGCUGACGGAUACAGACUUGGAGAGGACGGACGGACCUGCGUCGCCGAUGCGGAGUUCCCAUGUGGCCAGGUGGCACCAAAGAAUCCGGCUGGAACUGACAGUGUUGUGCCUCAGAUGAGAGCGGUGGGAUCGAACCACUGCCCUGAAGGAGAAUGUCCUUGGCAGGUUCUGGUCCAGUUGAACGGAACCAGUCACUGUGGAGGAGUUCUGGUCAAACCUGAUUGGGUCCUAACGGCCGCCCACUGUGUCCUCCAUCAUCAACCAGACCACUUAAUGGUGGUGGCAGGAAAACUAAACCUGGACAUAAGCGAUGGGACGGAGCAGCGGAUACCCGUCUCCAUGGCAAUCCCUCAUCCCAGUUACGCGGUUGCAUCAGGUGACAGCGACUUAGCGUUGCUGCAGCUUAGUCGACCUUUGACAUUAAACCAUAACGUUAACACCGUGUGCCUGCCAACCAGAGAAUUGUGGGAGCGUGAGCUCUCACUAGUACGGUACCACAGUGUGUCGGGCUGGGGGAAGAGGACAAUUGGAGGCAACAUAAAGGAAGCAGAAGGAGUUCCUGUGUCACCAUUUCUCCGCAGGAUGAUGGUCCCGCUCAUAGAGAACCGUCGAUGCUCCCAGUGGAGUAACUUCACCUUCACAGAGAACAUGUUAUGUGCCGGGUACCUCGAGGGACAGAGCGAAAGCUGCCGUGGCGACGAUGGCAGUCCACUUGUUACAGAUUUUGGUCACACCUAUUUCCUGGUGGGUGUAGUCGGCUGGGGGCGUGGUUGUUCGCAACCCGGAUACUACACAGUCUACACAAACGUGGCCAACUUUGUGGGCUGGGUAGUGCAGACCAUUAAGGCACCACCCAUAAUAAGUGUAAGCAAGUGACAUCAUAGAACAGAAACAGAUUCAAUAAUAUUAAAUUGUUCAAUGAAUCAUGUAUUGUUUUGUGAAGAAAGUCAAUGUAUUAAUUUGUGUAAAAAGAAUAAAAGAAAUAAAAGUGACUGAUUAUUCUGAG